CUGGAGAAGGCUGGAGGGGCUGAUUUCGUUCGGAUAGAAGUGUCAUUUCAGUGUUUAUGAAGAAAUUCGGGGUUUCUGCCAAAAAUGGCCUGUCGCAGGCCAGUUUAUUCUGUUUCGAGCGAGUCCCUUUCAUCAAAUUUAAGUAAUGACCCCUUAAGAGAAUUAUUUGAAGCUUGCAAAGUAGGGGACAUUAACAGAGUGAAGAAAUUAGUUACGCCUCAGACAGUCAAUGCAAGGGAUACAGCUGGAAGAAAGUCGACUCCAUUGCAUUUUGCAGCUGGUUAUGGUCGAAGGGAUGUAGUUGAGUUCCUUCUCUCCGCCGGAGCAUCAAUCCAAGCUCGAGACGAUGGUGGUCUUCAUCCACUUCACAACGCCUGUUCCUUCGGCCAUGCGGAUGUAGUACGGUUACUUCUAGAAGCUGGAGCCAACCCUAACACUAGAGACAACUGGAACUACACUCCGCUACAUGAGGCAGCCAUAAAGGGCAAAGUAGACGUAUGCAUUGCGCUGCUCCAGCACGGGGCAGAUCCCAGUAUCCGUAACACAGAAGGAAAGACAGCCGUGGAGGUAGCUGAGGUAGGUCCUCGCGCCGUGCUGACGGGCGAGCACCGCAAGGAGGAGCUGUUAGAGGCAGCACGUGCUGGCGCAGAGGAUAGGCUGGUGGCGCUGCUCACACCCCUCAAUGUCAACUGUCACGCUAGCGACGGCCGACGUUCAACUCCAUUGCACUUAGCAGCUGGUUAUAACAGACAUCGUGUUGUGCAGCUGUUGCUUCAACAUGGGGCAGAUGUGCAUGCUAAGGAUAAAGGUGGUCUGGUGCCGCUACACAACGCCUGUUCCUACGGCCAUUUUGAGGUGACGGAAAUGUUGAUCAAGCACGGCGCCAACGUCAACGCGAUGGAUCUCUGGCAGUUCACGCCGCUACACGAGGCGGCCAGCAAGUCUCGUGUGGAAGUUUGCAGUUUGCUGCUCAGUCAGGGUGCCGAUCCGACGUUGCUAAACUGUCACAGUAAAAGCGCUGUCGACGUUGCACCGACGCGCGACCUGCAGGAUCGGCUGUCUUUUGAGUUCAAAGGCCACUGCCUUCUAGAGAGUUGUCGGCAAGCUGACCCUUCUCGUGUCAAGAAGUAUCUCUCCAGUGACGUGGUCAACUUCAAACAUCCCUACACGGGCGAUACACCUUUGCACUGUGCGGUGAUGUCGCCGUACCCCAAGCGCAAGCAGGUGGUUGAGACGUUGAUCAGGAAAGGGGCGCAUCUCAACGAGAAGAACAAAGAGCUACUCACGCCUCUGCACAUUGCCACCGACCUCUCCCAUUACGACUUGAUGGACACUCUGCUCAGACUGGGGGCGAAGGUCAACGCCCUCGACGCACUGGGACAGACCGCUCUACAUCGGUGUGCGAGGGAAGACAACAUCCAGGCGUGUCGGAUCCUGUUGUCGUACUCUGUGGACACAACCAUCGUCUCACUGCAAGGUUACACGGCUGUGCAAGUUGCUACUGAUAACGUGCACAAAAUACUGCAAGAACCACCAGCAGUGUUGGACCUCGAGAGUCAGCUGUUGGAGUCUGCGAAGGCCGGAGAUCUGGAGCAAGUUCAGAGGCUGUUGACUGCCUACCCUCACAUCGUCAACUGUAGAGAUCUGGACGGAAGACACUCGACUCCGUUACAUUUUGCUGCCGGAUACAACCGAGUCUCAGUCGUAGAGUAUCUUCUCGCUCAUGGAGCCGAUGUCCAUUCAAAGGAUAAAGGUGGCCUAGUUCCUUUGCACAACGCAUGUUCCUACGGGCAUUACGAGGUGACGGAGAUGUUGGUAAAGAACGGGGCCAACGUCAACGUCGCAGAUCUGUGGAAGUUCACUCCACUUCAUGAAGCAGCGGCCAAGGGGAAAUACGACAUUGUCAGACUUCUUCUUCAGCACGGAGCCGACCCGAACAAAAAGAACCGUGACGGAGCGACGCCGCUGGAACUGGUGCGCGAGGGAGACCAAGACGUAGCGGACUUGCUGCGUGGCAAUGCAGCGCUGCUUGACGCGGCCAAGAAAGGCAACUUGGCGCGAGUCCAGCGACUACUGACGGCAGACAACAUCAACUGUCGCGACACGCAGGGACGCAACUCCACACCACUGCAUCUGGCUGCUGGCUACAACAACGUAGAGGUGGCCGAGCUGUUGUUGGAGAGAGGCGCUGACGUCAACGCCCAAGACAAGGGUGGAUUGAUCCCUCUGCACAACGCCAGCAGCUACGGACAUCUGGACAUUGCGGCUCUGCUGAUCAAGUACAACACGGUGGUCAACGCCACGGACAAGUGGGGCUUCACUCCGCUACACGAGGCGGCUCAGAAGGGACGAACACAGCUCAGCGCUCUGCUGUUGGCGCACGGUGCCGACCCGUUCCUAAAGAACCAGGAAGGACAAGCUCCUAUAGACCUGGCCAGUGCGGAGGACGUUCGCUCUUUGCUGCAAGACGCUAUGGCUGCUCACCCGUCGCCCUCGUGUCCCGCACCCCCUGCACCUCCUCCCUCCCUGCCUCCCGCGGCUGACACUGUUAUCAUGCCGUCUGGCGCGUCCAUGGAACUCAGUACCCCGGUGCCACCCGCCGCUGCCACUGCUGAUGCCACCGACGUCGUAGUGGAUGUGGCCGCACCUCCCGAUGUUACUACGCUCGCUGGCUUCUUAUCAAACCUCUGUCUUGAGCACCUGUUGGAGUUGUUUGAGCGAGAGCAGAUCACGUUGGAUAUUUUGUCCGAGAUGAGCCACGAAGAUCUGAAGCAGAUCGGCAUCACGGCGUACGGACAUCGGCACAAGCUAAUUAAAGCAAUUGACAAGCUGGCAGCCACUCCUGGAGUGUUGGGAGGACUGUCCAAGAACCCUGGCACUCUGUUGGUAGACCUGCUGGCCGAAGACAAGGAGUUUAUAGCCGUGGAGGAGGAGAUGCAGUCAACAGUGAGGGAACAUCGGGACAGCGGACAGAGCGGAGGAGUGUUCAACCGGUACAACAUCAUCAGGAUCCAGAAGGUACAGAACCGCAAGCUGUGGGAGCGAUACAGCCAUCGCAGACAGGAAGUGGCCGAGGAGAACAACAAUGUUCCCAACGAGCGGAUGUUGUUCCACGGAUCACCGUUCAUCAACGCUAUCGUUCAGAAAGGCUUUGAUGAGCGACACGCUUACAUCGGCGGAAUGUUUGGGGCGGGGAUAUAUUUCGCAGAGCACUCUUCCAAGAGCAACCAAUAUGUUUACGGCAUAGGAGGAGGCACUGGAUGUACAAUGCACAAAGAUAGGUCUUGUUAUACAUGUCACAGACACCUGCUGUUGUGUCGGGUGACGCUAGGCAAGUCGUUCCUACAGUUCAACGCUAUGAAGAUGGCCCACGCACCCCCGGGUCACCACUCGGUGCUGGGUCGGCCCAGCUGUGGUGGCCUCAACUUUCCUGAGUUUGUCGUCUACAGAGGAGAACAGGCUUAUCCAGAAUAUUUGAUCACGUAUCAAAUAGUAAAGCCCGAAGAUACCUCCGACGUCAGAUGAACCUGGACAUUCCUUUUUUGUGAUAUUCUAACAAACUGGUUGUGAAUAUUUCCAUCGUUUGGAAUAAGCUCAAUAUUUCUUUAAUAAUUGUUACAUAGUAUUUUUUAAUGUGGACUGAGAUGUGUGUCGUACUUUACGUUCUGUGGUAAAUGUGAGACACUGUUUCAAGUGUUAUUUAAUGUAUAUGUUGUAGGUACUAUAACACGGACUCAUACGUUUAAA